CAGUGCAACACAUCAUGUACACUUGGAGGAACUGCGAGAGAAAUGUUGUGCGUGUAGAGCAGAGGGAGAAAAGUAAGGCAACAGCUGUCGCUUCUUCUACUCUUAUUGAUGAUCUAUUGUAACCAGGUGACAUUUAUUCCAACAACAUUUGGUGCUGCUGCUUCUGAUCACCUUCGCUUUGAUUCACCAGUCGAUGCAAGGACGCAGCGUCUGGUCGUCUUCAGUCAAUCAUCAGGUCAGGUAAGAAAGCUGACCCAUGGAGGACAGAACAGAAAGCCCGAGAGCUGUGAAGGUGGAGGAGCAUUCUCGGUGUGUCAUCCUGACUUACUUCCAGGGCGACAUCAACAGCAUGGUGGACGCUCACUUCUCCCGAGCUCUCGGUAAAGUCUGCAAGGCCAAGGCUCCGGCAGUGAGGACAAAAAAAAUGCGUAAAAGCAUCAAACUUGAGAACACCAGCUCAUGUCAGGGCAGUGCUGUUGACCCCUACACUGAGUCACAGGCCCCUCCUGCUGAGGGGCGUUUCCUGACAUUCAGCCCUGCGGACGAAACCCCCCCCAGCUCAUGGCACUCGCUCACAGCCCGGCCAGGAGAGGGCCCAGGUCUGCCGUCCAUUGCAUACUCCCUGACCCCACAAGGCUUGAGCCUAACUGGACAACAAUACGCCACAUCCCUGCUCAACCUGCUGCACAGUGACAGGGGUGAGAUAGGACCCAGCAUGGCCUCCAGCUCCAAGCCAGAGCUGCUCCCCAGCUGGACGGUGCCUCAGGGGUUCAGAGAGUCUGUGGACCCCACUGUGGGAUUUGAACCUGAGCGUCAUCUAGACAAGAAGGACCUAUACUGGUAUUGAAGAGGGAGCGACUGGAGCAGUGGAGACAGUAACGUCUUCAACCACGCAACACUGAGUUACAACAGAUGGCUUACUCUUCAGUCGAGGAGCUGCCACAUGUGUUUCUGUCAAACAGGCCUCGGAGUGAGAACUCACAAAGACGGAAGGAACAGCAGCGCUUCCAUUCCCCUGCCUCGCUCUCUGCACUUCUCAGUGAAAUGACCUCAGCAUUUAUUAACUGGAACAAGCCUUCUGAAAGGGAACACUCUCUGACAAACCGGUUCUUCAACUCUGUCAUUCCUCUGGUAGAUCUCGGAGCACUGUAUAGGUUGUUGCUCUCUUUGCGGUGGAGUCGGACAAAGGGAAUUUUCUUGUAUCUUAUCUUAGUGGACCAGUAACUAGCCCAGUAUUACAUUGUAAACAUACUGUAUGUUGUUAAUAUCUCUCUGCAGUUCACCCGGAUGAGCUUUAGUUUAUUUUUCUAUAUACAAAAGGGGACAGUAAUAUAAUCUUAUUAAAUUGCUUUCUGUAAUUUUGUAUCAAAAGUAAAGUAAAAGUAUCAAAAAACAAACUUUUACUGGCUUUGAAAAGAAAUUAACGCUGGAUGGAAGACAACACAAAUUGUAAAAUUGUGGCACCUAGUGGCAGGUUGACACCAUAUUAAAUAUUCACAAGGCUACUGCAGAGUAAACUACUCAGCAGAAUGAAGUAGUUAAUCAGAUUCACUGCACACCACUACUGCAUUAAAGUAGCAAUUAUAUGUUAAUGUAGCACUAAUACGAAAUAAGAUUAAAAAAAACUAAUGGAGGCUCUUCUGCACAACAGAUUAUUUUACUUUAAAUUUACUUUAAACUUUACUUUAAACUGUUUCCAAACUGUUGGCAGCAAAAUCUUUGCUGCCAACAGUUUGGAAACUUGGAAGUCAGUUUUAAUUGUAAUCUGGUAGUUUUCUGGUGUUUUACUGCAACUUCUGCUAAAAUGAUAUGAUUUGAAUACAUCUUCCGCUCAUGCACAGGGUUUAUUUUUACUUAUUGAUAAUGUGGACGUAUACGGUGGUAAAUUUUAAAUGAAUACACAGAUGAGAUCUUAUGAAAUAAAAUGCCUUGUGAAUAAAUACAAAUACUGGAUGGUUA